UACGGAUUUAAAUUGUAGUGUCAGUCCAUCAGCCAUUGUCGCACUAACAAACUAUAAUUACAUCAAUAUCGUUCGUUUUAUGUACUGUGCGGAUAUCUAUGUCUCGUGAUAAUAAAAUAUAAUAUUAUAUCUACCGAAUAAACUCCGAGUGACUCAUUGCCGCACACAGCGCUGAUCUACCGCGGAACACGUCGCACAUAUCGAAAUAUAAUAUUAAUAUAAAUUAUAAAUACCGUAAUUUAAUAUACACAACCGAAAAACAUUAUGUCGCAUGCCGUCGUUUCUGUGUUUGCUCUAGCGGUACUGUUGAACGUCUUCUACUUUGAUCCGGCCCAAUCGUAUGAAUCCGCCGAUAAAUACAACACGUGUGAGCUAUGUAUAAAGUCUGUAUGCCACAGGGAGAGACAUCAUGAUUGCGUCCCUGGUGGAGGCGAUUAUACGUUAUGUUAUAUGUGUAAUAAACAGACUCUUGAUAAGGACCAACAGUUCUACACUCAAGCUGAUUGCCAGAAAGGAUGUUCGAAUCCGGCAUUGUGCAAGUGUGAUGAUGCGUGUUGGGUUUGCGUUAUAAACGGCAAUGCGGAGGCGAUGAGAUGCGGCGAUGUGAGUCAGGUGUAUGACGACAAUUGCAAACUGGUUCCAAACAAACGUCAAUGAGGUUAGGUAAAAAUAUAAUUGCAAUUAUAUAUAUAUUUGUACAUCCGAUCAUUAAAACGAUGACUUGAAUAUCACGAUUCUUUUGCAUACGAUUAUUUUUUGUCAACCGUUCACCGAAUAUUUAUUUGUCGAUAAAAAAAUAAAUACCUAAUUGAUAUUUGUAUUAUUAUUCAAUUCUAUUGUAUAAUUAAUCUACAUAAUUAUUGUUAUAUUAUAUAAUUAGUGAAGUCUAUAAAUUAUUGUAGUAUUAUAUUUUGUAAUCGGUGCACUCAUAUGUACCAUUGUGUGUAUUAUUGCUUGAAUAUUUAACUAUUACUUAAUCUUGUGAA